AGCACGAGGAAAUGGAAUAGCCCAACAAGUAACAACGACGUUAUCUGUAAUCUGUCUACUCUCAAUCUUCUUCAUUCAUUUUCGUUAAACCCUAUAACCACUCUACUCACUGCACUCUGCACCCUCUUUACGACGUCGUUUAAGAGGGAACAGCCAUGAACCCUUCCACACUCACCUCUUCUCACACACACCGUUCCCUCUUACUACCCUCUCCCUCUCCCUUCCUCACCAAACGGCGUCGUUUCAGGGUCUCCCUCCCUCGCUGUUCCUCCGACGCCGCCUCCUCUUCACCGCCGGAAAGGACUCCGAAGGACCUCAAGGGAAUUGAGGUCCUCGUCGACAAAUUGUCGCCGCCGGUGAGGCUUGCCACCUCCGCCGUCAUCGUUGCCGGCGCCGUGGCCGCCGGCUACGGUCUUGGCUCUCGGUUCCGCGGCAGCCGCUACGCUGCACUUGGAGGCGCCGUGGCUAUCGGUGCCGCAGGCGGCGCGGCCGCGUAUGCUUUGAAUGCGUCUGCUCCGCAAGUUGCAGCCGUGAAUUUGCACAACUACGUGGCAGCGUUCGACGAUCCUUCCAAAUUGAAGAAGGAAGACAUUGAGGCCAUUGCCAAUAAGUAUGGUGUGAACAAGCAAGAUGAAGCAUUUAAAGCUGAGAUUUGUGAUAUAUAUUCUGAGUUUGUAUCUUCUGUGCUUCCUCCUGGUGUUGAGGAACUUAAAGGUGAUGAGGUUGAUAGGAUCGUCAGCUUCAAAAAUUCUUUGGGAAUUGAUGAUCCAGAUGCUGCUGGUAUGCACAUGGAGAUUGGUAGGAAAAUUUUCAGGCAAAGGCUGGAAGUUGGGGAUCGUGACGCAGAUGUUGAGCAACGCCGGGCAUUUCAAAAGUUGAUAUAUGUGUCAAAUCUUGUAUUUGGAGAUGCUUCAUCUUUCCUUCUACCUUGGAAGCGUGUCUUCAAGAUCACUGAUUCCCAGAUUGAAGUAGCUAUACGUGACAAUGCACAGCAACUGUAUGCUUCCAAGCUGAAAUCGAUUGGCAGAGAUAUUGAUGCAGAACAACUAGUUAAACUAAGAGAAGCACAGUGUUUAUGUCGCCUUUCUGAUGAGCUUGCUGAGAACUUGUUUCGAGAGCAUGCAAGGAAAUUGAUUGAGGAAAAUAUUUCAGUGGCAAUUGGGAUCCUUAAAUCUCGCACCAGAGCAGUUCCUGGAGUCAGCCAAGCAGUUCAGGAGCUUGAUAGGGUAUUGGCAUUUAAUAAUUUACUCAUCUCAUUUAAGAAUCAUCCAGAUGUCAAUCACUUUGCUCGUGGUGUUGGUCCUAUUUCUUUAGUGGGUGGUGAGUAUGAUGGUGACAGAAGGAUUGAGGACUUGAAAAUACUUUACAGGGCAUAUGUUUCAGAUGCUUUGUCUGAUGGGCGUAUGGAAGAUAAUAAGCUUGCUGCACUAAAUCAGUUAAGAAAUAUAUUUGGACUGGGUAAACGUGAAGCAGAAUCCAUUUCACUUGAUGUUACAUCGAAGGUAUAUCGCAAAAGACUUGCACAGGCUGUUUCAGAUGGUGAAUUAGAAAUGGCAGAUAGUAAGGCAGCCUUCCUUCAAAAUCUCUGUGAUGAACUUCAUUUUGAUGCACAAAAGGCCAGUGAACUUCAUGAAGAAAUUUACCGGCAAAAGCUUCAGCAAUGCUUAACUGAUGGGGAGCUCAAUGAUGAUGAUGUUGCUGCAUUGUUAAGGUUGCGUGUGAUGCUCUGUAUACCUCAGCAGACUGUUGAAGCAGCUCAUUCAGAUAUCUGUGGCAGUUUGUUUGAAAAGAGUGUCAAUGAUGCAAUUGCAUCAGGGGUUGAUGGAUACGAUGCUGAAAUCAAGAAAUCAGUAAGAAAAGCGGCACAUGGCUUGCGACUAACCAGGGAAACUGCUAUGUCUAUUGCAAGCAAGGCGGUAAGGAAGAUAUUUAUUAAUUUCAUAAAACGUGCACGGGCAGCUGGAAAUCGAACAGAGUCUGCAAAAGAACUGAAGAAGAUGAUAGCUUUCAACACCUUGGUUGUAACUGAGUUGGUGGCAGACAUUAAAGGGGAGUCAGCUGAUGUUUCAACUGAAGAACCUGUCAAAGAGGACAUUACACAAACUGAAGAUGAAGAAUGGGAAUCACUUCAGACACUCAGGAAAAUAAGACCAAACAAAGAACUUACGGAAAAGUUGGGAAAGCCUGGUCAGACGGAAAUUACUCUUAAAGAUGACCUACCAGAACGGGAUAGGACUGAUCUCUACAAGAUAUACUUGCUUUUCUGUCUGACUGGUGAAGUGAAAAGGAUUCCAUUUGGUGCCCAGAUCACUACAAAGAGGGAUGAUUCUGAGUAUCUUCUUCUAAAUCAGCUUGGUGGGAUCCUGGGAUUGAGUGGUAAAGAAAUAGUGGAAGUACAUAGGAGUCUAGCCGAGCAAGCUUUUAGGCAACAAGCUGAGGUAAUUUUAGCUGAUGGACAGUUGACAAAGGCCAGGGUGGAGCAGCUUAGUAAUCUCCAGAAGCAAGUAGGCUUACCUCAAGAAUAUGCUCAGAAAAUAAUCAAAAGUAUAACCACUACAAAAAUGGCAGCUGCCAUUGAAACUGCUGUAACUCAAGGGAGGCUGAAUAUAAAGCAAAUUAGAGAACUUAAGGAAGCCAGUGUUGAUUUAGACAGUAUGGUAUCUGAGAACUUGAGAGAGAUCCUCUUCAAAAAAACUGUAGAUGAUAUUUUCUCAUCCGGUACUGGAGAGUUUGAUGAGGAGGAAGUAUAUGAAAAAAUCCCAUCAGACCUCAACAUUAACAAAGAGAAAGCAAUAAGUGUUGUUCAUGAGCUUGCCAAGACUAGACUAUCUAACUCACUUGUUCAAGCCAUCUCAUUAUUAAGACAGAGAAAUCGCGAAGGCGUGAUUUCUUCACUGAAUGACUUGCUGGCUUGUGACAAAGCUGUACCCUCACAGAUGCUUUCAUGGGAAGUGCCAGAGGAGCUUGCUGAUCUAUACAGCAUAUAUUCGAAGAGUGAUCCAACUCCUGAGAAAUUGUCUCGGUUGCAGUAUCUGUUGGGUAUAAAUGAUUCCACGGCUGCUGCUCUUCAAGAGAUGGGAGAUAGAUUACUCAAUAUUACUGCAGAGGAAGAGAAUUUUGUAUUCUAGUCCUGUAAUAAAAUGUUUGGCAUUAGGCAUAUUGGAGAGGCCGCAAGUCUCCUUUUUGCCAUUUUUUAUUUGCCAUUUUGUUUUGCGGUAAAAGAAAAACAUUAUCAUGAUACAUAAUUCUUGGAGUAGAGGUGAGUGCAGGGUAAGACGCCGAAAUCUCUGAUAUUAUUUGUAUGUGACAGUUGAAUUAAUCAAUUGCUAUUUUGUAUGAAUGAAAAUAAGUUCUUGUAGUUAUGAUUACAGAACUUGGGAAGAUUUCAUCACCAU